AGGUAGACAGAGUCUUCAGUGUAUCCGGACUAAAUGGUGGCGAGCCGGGAGCACGUGCAGCCAUGUCCACGAGCUACCCCACACCUGUGUACUCCCACGCUGCACGAGGAGAGUUCACUGAGGUUUACGAGCCGGCGGAGGACUCCUUCCUUCUGAUGGAUGCUCUGGAGAAAGAUCAUGAGAGGCUGCAGCAGCUGAGCCCGUCUGUGUGUCUGGAAGUGGGCAGCGGCUCCGGAGUGGUGUCAGCAUUUCUGGCAUCAGUGGUUGGACCUUCAGCGUUAUAUCUCUGCACUGACGUGAAUCCCGCAGCAGCUCAGUGCACAGCAACGACGGCUUCCUGUAACAGCGUUUCACUGCAGCCCGUCAUCACAUCCCUGGUGGAGAGUCUCCUGCCCCGGUUAAGUGGGAAAGUGGACGUCCUUCUCUUUAACCCUCCCUACGUGGUCACACCUUCAGAGGAGGUUGGCGGCUCAGGUAUAGAGGCUGCCUGGGCCGGCGGGAAGCGAGGGCGAGAGGUGACCGACAGAUUUCUGCCUCUGGUAGCACAGUUGCUCUCCAGCAAAGGGUUGUUUUACCUCAUCACCAUUGCCGAGAACGACCCAGAGGAAAUCAUCCGCUUACUGGGCCAGUGUGGUUUGACAGGAGAGUCGUGUUUGUCUACGAGAGCUGGAAAUGAGCGUCUGUCCGUGCUGCGCUUCCAUCGGAGCUGACGGACGUGGAGCUGUGAUGUGUCCGUCCUCUCCAAGCCUGACGGCGCCGCUGGCCACCAGCUCCAGAGCGGCGGGGAAGGCUCGGUGCUCGGCCUCUCGGAUUCUGUCGGCCAGGCUCUCCUCCGUGUCGCCGCCCAGCACGGGCACCGCCUCCUGCGCGAUGAUGGCUCCUGCGUCCACCUCCUCCUGAACACACAGGGAGGAAACAAUGUGUGACUCGUGCAGUUGGGCUCCAGGUUUCAACAUCUGUCAUUUCCUUACUUACUGCUACGAAGUGGACCGUGCAGCCAGCGACCCGCACCCCGGCCUGUAGAGCCUGCUUCUGGGCAUUCACACCCUUGAACGACGGCAGCAGGGAGGGAUGGAUGUUCAGAAGCUUUCCUGUGACAAUAACAAUGUACAAAAUGUUAAAAAAAAAAAACCUUCCUGCAACCCAGCUGAUUAUCAUAUUUCAUAUGUAAGAAACUUUCUCACCAUUCCAUUUCUUGACAAGCGUCCCCGUGAGGAUCCUCAUGAACCCGGCCAGACACACCAGCUCCACCCCGAAUUCUUCCAGCACGCGAUCGAUGGUGCCAUCAAACUCGGCCCGGCUCCCAUACAGCUUGUGGUCCACCACCUACGAGACACAACAGAACAUAAGCUUUUAUUUUUAGGUUCAGCAAAGUUAUUCUCCAAUUACUGCACCCACUUCUUUUGCUUCUCAGUAUUUCUUUACUUUAAUUGUUUAAUAGCAGCAAGCUCAUCUUGUCCUGUUUUUAGGCCCAACUACAAACCUUUAAUUAAAACCUUCACUUUAUCACCACACCGCACUCGUUGCGUUGAUGUGCAGCCUUAGAGGGGAGAGCAACCAGCCUGGUGCAUGUUAUUGUGUAAAUCACUGUAUAUACAAAUUAACUUUAUUAUUUUUACCCGUGUCUGGAUGCCGGCUAGUGACGCUCUCUUCAGGCCCUGAACUCCAGGUCUGUUGGAGAUCACCACCACAAUCUCUGCACAGCUGGAUGGGCGCUUGGCCUGCUCUAUCAGUGCCUGCAGGUUGGUGCCUGGGACACAGAGGAUUCAAAAGGUUGUGAGGACAACAGAAAACUUGUUAGAGGGACUCUUGUAAUCCAGGUUUAAACUGAAUAGUGUAAUAUUUUGGGAAACAUGCUUAUUGGCUUUUUUUGCCCAAUGUCUGUAUGGUAAAAUAUAUAGCUGGUUAGCUUCAGUCUACAAGGACCAUUAAAGCUCACUAAUAACUAA